AUGGCCAAGGCAGUUUACGAGAAAACCGUUCAGCAGUUGCAGGACGGUUGGGUGAAGGGACCAUUUACUUCCUCGGAGCUUGACAAGAAAUACGCAAGGGAACAAACAAGAGCUGUUGAUGAUUUUUCCGAAUUUUUGAUCAACGCUUCAGUAACGGCGACGGAGAAAUUGCAGCUCUUUGGUUUGGAUGAGGUGGUCAACACUGCACGACCCUUGGUGCUCAUGGAGGAGCCCCUGAAAGAAGGCAUCAAACAAGCUCUGUCAUGCCUGAUGGACGCAAAACCUAGGAAGGUAUCUGCUUGGUCGGGGAGAUUACCCAUACUUCUCUUCACUGAUGGUGCCUGUGAGGAUGACGGUCAAUGCGUCACUCAUGGGGCAACACUUUACGAUCCAGAAAACGGCACAGCUCUCAUGUUUGGCGACUAUGUGCCUGCCAAUUGGACUGAGAAGUGGCGAGCAGAAGGUAAGAAGCAACUUAUUUGCCAGGCCAAGUUGUUCCCCAUCAUCGUUGCCAAGAACACCUGGCGUGAGUUGCUGUAUGGUAGAGCGCUUCUUUGGUUCAUUGACAACAACUCUUCUCUUGCAGCGGUCAUUCGCUCAUAUUCACCAGUCCUUGAAAACUACGAGAUGUUGGUCAUCAACGCUAGAAUGGACGUGGAGCUACAAGCUUUACACGUGUACUCAAGAGUACCCUCAAAGUCAAACUUGAGCGAUGACCCUUCCAGAUUACAAUUCUCAGAACUCGAAGCAAAGGGCUUCAAACGCUGCUCCCCUUUCUAUGAUCUCACGAGAAGAUGA